CUCAAAAAUAAACUUUUCCAUUACUUAGAAGAGAGGGUUCACGGUGCAUGCACUUUCUGCAACAUAGUUGCAGAUUCUAGUGUGAAACUAGGAGUAGUUCUGACGCUCUUCCUGUGCGUUUCUCGUGCAGGGGAAAAUCAUCUGUACACCAUGCUUGAAACGUCGAUUGGCCGACUUUUGAACUGUUCUUAUUCUCAUGGCGCUCUGCUAUUGCAAUCCAUGUCUCCUCAGCUGAUGGGCUCUGCAGAACAGCAAGCCCUGGUGCAGUCAUUCGUGCGACUCAACUCCGGGUGUAUGUUGGAACAUUCAUCACAGCAAGGAAAUGGUAAUCCAAACACUUUCUUCAAGUCUACAAAUAGCUCCAGCCUCGUGAACUCCACCAGCGAAAUGACGUCUCCAGAUGUAGACUAUGUUGGUGCGCUGGAGAACAAUCUUCACAUGAAUUGCAUCUCCUCUCUGGGCGGCGGAAACAAUGUCCUCAUCCCUGGCCUGACCAGCAUGCUUGAUCGCAAUAAGAACAGGGACGGAACUUUCAUGGCCGCUCACCGAUACUACAAGAGCUUCUAUCCCAUGGAGAGCCCCGGUGGACCACUAUCGUCUGGACUGCUUCCUUGCGGUAAGAGUGAGAAUUCUCUGAACAAGGGUGAAGCUCGCGUAAUUGCAAUAGCUGAUCUCCAGCGCCUCUUGGAAGGCGAUGACGAGGAUUGGAUGGUACAGGAGGAGAUAAAGAUGCAUGAAUCCUCGAAGCUAGUGAAACCACAACAACAAUCUGAGAAACACGCAGUCUUCCAAGACAGUUUUGGAGGAUGCAUCGAAGCCUCCUCAUCAGCAGGCUUCACUGUGACAUGUUUCGACCGGGUUACAAUUCCUUCUGCGACACAUCCACCAACUCCACCAUUUCGCCAGAGAAAGGGUAGUGUCGGUGGAUCUCCAGCUGUAGACCUGGACAACUUUGCUAGAAUGCAAGCCAUCUUGUUCCGACAAGCCUCCCAGCUUAUACCUACCCUGGAGGACAUCGCCAGCUCCAGACCCAAGAGGAGAAAUGUUAGGAUCUCCAUAGACACCCAGAGCGUAGCCGCUCGUCACCGCCGCGAGCGUAUCAGUGAUCGCAUUCGCGUUCUUCAGCGACUCGUUCCGGGCGGCACCAAGAUGGACACGGCGUCCAUGCUCGAUGAAGCCAUCCACUACAUCAAAUUUCUGAAGCAGCAGCUUCAGGUCUACACUGAUGCUCGAAUCAUAUCUUUAUCAGUUAUUGGAAAAUCCUGUUUGAGGUUCAGCAUAACUUCCUGACCCUUAUAUGAAAAUCAAAUGUGUCAAAGGUUCCUGAAUGUGGUUAUCAGCUUCUUGCUCAUGUUUUGCAGACAUUGGAGCAGCUUGGGAUCGAUGGGUGUGACCCAGGGGAUGUUGCGCUGCGAGGCGGUGAAGCUCUACAGCUCAGCAGCUCAGUGCGUCCGGCGUUCCACAUGAA